AUGUCAUUCUUAUUCGGGCGAGGGAGGACGAGGACAAACACAAUUGAUCUUUCCAAGCAAGCCAGGGACCAUGUUCUCAAGCUGGAUGGUGUAGGAGGCGCCGCCAAGGCCGAAGAACUUGCCAAAGUCCUCAGUCAGAUGAAGCUCAUAUUGCAAGGAACACCAGAAUCCGACAGCACACCCGACCAAGUAUACCAGCUAGUCCAAGGCCUCAUCGAGGAAGACUUGCUUCUUUUGCUUGCCCAGAAUCUGCAUCGCCUGCCUUUCGAGUCCCGCAAAGAUACCCAAGUCAUCUUCUCGUACGUAUUUCGAUUUCGCCCGCCAACCGCAUCACCAAAGACCGACCCGGUAGCGCUGAGUUACGUGGUGAACAACAAACCACAAGUGUUACUGGAGCUGUGCCGCGGCUAUGAUCAUAAGGAGAGUGCUACACCUGCUGGGUCUGUGUUGCGGGAGGUCUUGAAGAGUGAAGCCGCAGCUGCCAUUAUCCUAUAUGAUGAUGGUGAAGAACCUGGAUCGAGUUUGAAAGGAGUAACAGCUAUCGAAAGAGAGCGACCGCAAAGUGGAAAUGGCGUCUUCUGGAGAUUCUUUGACUGGAUCGACAAGAGCUCGUUCGAGGUCGCAGCAGAUGCCUUCACUACCUUUAGAGAACUCCUCACCAAACACAAGGAGCUUGUACCACGUUACCUGGCAGUUAACUUCGAGCUUUUCUUCGAAAAAUACAACAAUGUACUGGUCCAAUCCAACAGCUAUGUGACGAAACGUCAGUCGAUCAAGUUACUCGGCGAGAUAUUGCUCGACCGGUCCAACUACAACGUUAUGACGGCAUAUGUAGACCGAGGCGAGCACCUGAAGAUUUGCAUGAACCUGCUGCGCGACGACCGCAAGAUGGUACAGUACGAGGGCUUCCACGUCUUCAAAGUUUUCGUCGCCAACCCCCACAAGUCGGUCGCGGUCCAGAAGAUCCUGUUGAUGAACCGAGACAAGCUUCUGAAUUUCUUAAGCCAUUUUCUCGAGGAUCGCACUGACGACGAACAAUUCAUUGAUGAGAGAGAGUUUCUGAUCAAGCAAAUUCGAAAUAUGCCGCCUACACCUGUUCCACCCACGCGACAGAUGCAACAACAGGGUGUCUAG